GUUGUUUUAAUAUUUAUUCAUAAUUUUCAGAAUAAAUAAAAAAUACAAAAUGAAAGGUUCUAUUGAAGAAAUAUUAAAUGAACUUGGAUGGGAUAAUGGAUUUCGAAUUCCAGUUAGUAAUGAGGAUAAUAAAUUACUCGAAGAAAAGAUUCAAAGAAACAUUAAAUUAAAAAAUAAUCUCCAUCAAGAUUUAGUAAUAACAGAAGAUCGUAUCAAAUCAAUUGAUGAUUAUUUAAAAAACAUAAAAAUACAACACAAUGAAAAUCAAAAAUUGAUAACAGCAUAUUUAUCUCAAAUUGAUGCUGAAAAAAAUUUAAAUAAAAUUGCUGAAAAUGAGGAUAUAUCAAUAAACCAAGAAAUAAAAAAUUUCGAAAAAGAAAAAUUAGAAAUAAAUGAAAAAAUAUUAUAUUUCAAUAAUGAAAUUGAUAAGCUAAAUAUUAAAAUUGAUAAAUCUAAAAUUACUGUGUUACUUGAUAAAACAAAACUAUUACAAAUUGAACAAGAUUUAAAUCGUGAUGAAGAUAAUGAAAAAAUAUUAAAUAAAUACAUGCAGCUUGAUAAAAAAAAAUGGAAAGAACUUGAACUUAAAAGACAAAAAUUAACAAGUGAUCUUGAGUUGUAUAAAGGCUCAAUGGAUAAAUUACUAAAUGAAAUACGUGAAUUAGAAAUAGUACUUGAUAGAACAUCAAAAUUUUAUGUACAAUCACUUGAAGAAAGACGUCAAUUAAUUGACAGAUGGACACAAAGUGUUGAAGUAUUAAAACAAAGAGAUAAUGGUAUACAAGAAACAAUACGUGAAAUUGAAAUAUUAAAAAAUAUUUCAAGAGAUCAAAUGAAUAUACUUGAUGAAUCUGAAGAAUUUCUACAAGUUCAAUUGAAUAAUAAUCGAAAUAUUGAGUAUACAAUAAAAUCAAUGGAAAAAAAAUUAUUCUUUGAUAAAGAAGAACAUCGUAAAAUUGUUAAUAACAUUGCUAUUUUUGAAACUGAGAUACAUGAUUGUAAAAAACAAAUUGAUGAUUUAAAAAUAUUUAUCAAUGAUAUUGAUAAUAAAAGUUUAAAUACUGAUGACAGGGUUAAGCAGCUUGAGUCAAUGAUUGAGAAUGAAGAAAAACAAAAAGUAUUAAUUAAAAGAGAAAAAAAACGUCUACAAGAUUUAAUACUUCGUUGGACAAAUAAUAUAAUUGAAUUUGAAAAUGAAAAAAAAAUAAUAAAUAUACAAAAAAUAAGUGAAUAUAAAAAAAUUGAAAUAUUUUCAUUAAAUAAAAUGAAAGAAGAAAAAAAAUUAAAUGAAAAAUAUAAUAUCAUACGUAAUCUUGAUAUUGAAAUACAAAAAUGUGAAAUUUAUUUAAAUAAAAAUAAUAAUAAUGAAACAGAUAAAAGUGAUUUAGAAAGAAAAAAAAAAAUAAUUGAACAACUUGAAAAAACAAUGGCUGAUAAAUUAUCAAUAAAUAAAUUAUUACAAAAUCAUAUUUUAAAUCUUCAAAAAGAUAUUAGAAAAAUUCAAAAUAAUUUAAACAAUGAUAAUGAAGAGCUGUUAAUUUUAAAAAAUAAAAAACAAAAUUUAUCAUCACUUAUUGAAGGUGGUGAAAAACAAUUGAAAAUAUAUCAAAAUUUAAAUGAAGAAAAACAAGUUGCUGAAAAUAUAUUGCUUCUUCGAGUAACACAAGCUGAAAAGAUGAUGAAAAAUAUUGGAAAUAAAUUAUAUAAUUUAGAGCUUUAUCGUCUUCAAAUUGAUGCUGCAAUGAAAGAACGUAUGGCAGAGAUAAAAGUACAAAAAGAAGCUUUAAAUAUUGAAAAAAGAUUAGCACUAAAUGAAUGCUCAGAAUUAAAAUCAACAAUUGUUGAUAAAAAUACACAAAUUCAACAUUUACAAUUACGUUAUAAUAAUGUUAUAACAACACUUGGUAAUAAUGAAUAUGAUGGUGAACCAAUGACAACAACAUUUAUUAAAAUUAAAAAUGCACAAGAAAAAUAUUCACUUCAACAACAAGGUGAUAAAUUAGAUGAAACAAUUAGAAAAACAGAACAAGAAAUUUGUAGUUUAGAAAAUACUUUAAGAAUUGUUAAUGCAUGUAAUGAUAAAUAUAAAAAUACAUUACAACCAUUAAAUAAUAGCAAUGAAAAUGAUAUUAAUGAAGAAAAAAAAAUUAAUCAAGAUAUGUUAAUUGCAAUAGAAAAUUUAAAAAUACAAAAAAAUAAAUUUGAAAUAAUUGAAAAUGAAUUACAAUUAUUAAAAAAUAAUGAAAAUAUAUUUAAUGAUAAUUUGAGUAAAUUAGAAGAUGAAAAAGAGUUAAAAAAUCAAAAUAUUUAUGAUUUAGAUAAACAAAUAUUUGAUCAAAUAGAAAAAAUAUUAAGAGCUGAUAAAAGUUUAAAAAAACUAUACAAAGAUAUACAAUUAAUGUAUGAAAAUUCAAAUUCUAAUAUAAUAUUAUUACAAGAAAAAGAUAUUGCAACACGUGAACUUCAAGAACAAAAUAAUUUAGCAAUUCAUAGAAUAACUGAAUUUAUAAUACGUCAUGUUGAAGCUGAAAUUUAUGUUAAAAAAUUAUUAACAAAUAAAAAUAUAUCAAUUCCUUGUGUACAGUAUUUAAAAUCAUCACCAUCACCAAGUCUAUGUGAAAGUUUUAAGCCAUCAAUUGCUUCAUCAUCAUCAUCAAGAAGUAAAUUAUCAACAACAAGAGAAAUUCAUUCUAAAAUUAAAACAAUUGAGCCUGAAUUUAAUUUUAAAAAUUCAUCAACAAUUGUCAAUAAAGAAACAAGUUCAAAGAAAAAAUUACAAUCCAAUUUUAACACAAGUCAAACAUCAUCAACUAGACAAUAAUUUUUUAUCAAUAUAUCAAUUUUGUAAAUAUAUUUCUAUUUUAUUUUGAUGAAUUAAAAAAUAUUCAUUAA